CUUGCACCGCCGCCCGUCUCCUCCUCCUCCUUUCGGGUCGGUGCAGAGGACUACAACUCCCAUCGGCCUCGGCCGCCCCUCCUCUGGCUCCUCCUCCUGCGGGGCUCGCCUCCUCCCAGAAGCCCCGGGAGCGAGACGGGAGGCGCGGCUCUUUCCUCGUCCGCCUUUGCGCAGCGUCUCUCCCCGGGUUUAGCUGAGUGCGCAGAUAGGGACUGGCCGGAGCCGCCCGGAGCUGGGAAGGCCGAGGCUGGCCGGGCAAGCGAGCCGGAGGAGGGAGCCAUGGGGGCGGCCCUGAGUACGUUAGGAAACAUUGUCCUGUUUCCAGUCUAUUUCGUGAUCAGUUUGAUCAAGCGCCUUUUCUCGAAAUCUCUGCCUCCGAUCACACUAGAAAAUCCAGAUGUAAAAUAUGCAUUAAGGCUGAUCGAUAAAGAGCACAUCAGUCAUGACACCAGAAAGUUUCGCUUUGCCCUGCCAAGCCCAAGACAUGUGUUGGGGCUUCCUGUGGGGCAGCAUGUUUACCUCUCGGCCAGGAUCGACGGGAAUUUGGUGAUCAGACCUUACACGCCUGUCAGCAGUGAUGACGACAAAGGAUUCGUGGAUCUGGUUGUGAAGAUCUAUUUCAAAGGGGUUAACCCCAAAUUUCCCGAAGGAGGGAAAAUGUCCCAGUAUCUGGAGAAUCUAAAGAUGGGGGACACCAUUGAUUUUCGGGGACCCAGUGGAUUGCUCGUUUACGAGGGGAAAGGUGUGUUUGCGAUUCGUCCAGACAAGAAAUCUGAACCUGUGCUUAAGCAGGUGAAAUACGUCGGGAUGAUUGCAGGUGGAACAGGAAUUACUCCCAUGUUGCAACUCAUUCGAGCGAUUGUAAAGGACAAGGAAGAUCCCACCGUUUGCUAUUUACUCUUUGCUAACCAGACUGAAAGUGACAUCUUGCUACGCUCAGAACUUGAGGAAGUACAAGCUCAACAUUCAGCCAAGUUUAAGCUGUGGUACACGUUGGAUAGAGCUCCUGAGAAGUGGGAUUACAGCCAAGGCUUCGUGAACCAAGACAUGAUCAAGGAACACAUGCCUCCACCCCAAGAAGAUGACGUUCUCAUCCUGAUGUGUGGCCCACCGCCGAUGAUCCAGUACGCCUGCAUUCCCAACCUGGAGAAAUUGGGUUACACCAAGGAGAUGUGGUUUACUUACUAACUGGGGGUCAGGAUAAAGUAGAAAGGGGGAAGUAGGGGGAAAGAAGGAACAGAACUUUGGGGAAUAACCGGUAACGGAAACUAACUGAGUAAACAGAGGCGGAACCAAUCUUCAGAGGAAUUCCAACUUGCGUCACCUUGUGUCUUUCUAACCUGGCAAGCAGAAGCCUCAGCUAGACUGAUUAACCGUGUUGUAGAUCUUACUCUUUGCUUUGCUGUGUGUAUCAAAUCUGUCCCUAAGGCAAUGAAAUGAAGUUUGGCUUUUUUCACCCCCGGAUGGGCAAAUGUAGCUAGGCACCCUUUUCGCCAAAGAGUGAGUUGGAAACUCCAAGUGAAGAGGUGAAGGAAGCAACUUCACCCUUCCUGCUUUUUCUGCACCAAAGUUUUAAAUGCGCACCUGUCUUGCACCACCAUAUAUGUUUGGUGUCCUCCUUCAUUUGCAAGUGGUUGGGGGCAGGGGGAGAAAUUGCUCCACCGGCCAACCUACAGAAACAUAAUCGUCUAAAAGGCAGGGGAUAGAUUGGUUCUGUCCUUCCCAAAGUACGGACAUAAAAGAAUGAGGUCCCAAUCUUGAAAUUCUUAAACCCAUAGGACAGAAAUGAGGAGUCGGCCUCUACUCUUCUUUUGGGCCUUUGUCUGGGGACAGAAUUCGCAGCUGGGCUUUGCAUAGGAUGGAAUAAGGGUGCGUAUACGGGAGAUUCCCUAAACCUACCGUUGUCCAAAGGAUGGGCCUAAAGACAGAGACGUCUCCCAGAAACUUCCACUGGGAAAAAUAAAAAGAAUGUCAAUUUGGUUUGGAGGGGUUGAAAGGUGGACGAUGGGAUAGCCUGUUAGUGAAUGAGAAGAGUCUAUAGGCCUGCUUAUAUUUUAAGUACAGUAAAGGGUGUAUCAAUCUAAAGGAAUUUCUUUGUCUCUUAUCCCAACUUUCUGUUGCGUCAUUCUAUUAUUCUACCGCACUGGCCAUCAGUGGUCCUUCUUUAAUUAGCUAAACACAUACCCAUAUUUAUAUAUAUAUAUGUAGAGGUAGCUCAGUUACAAAAUAUAUCCGUGUAUUGUUUCAGUAGCCACUCAUGCUGUCUGGGGAAUUCUGGGAGGUUGAAGUCCACCUAGUUUAAACAGACCAAUUCUGGGUGUUGAAGUCCACCUAACUUAAGCAGGCCAAAAAGUUGAUUUGGAGUCCACCUAACUUAAGCAGGCCAAGGUUGAGAAAACACCACACUAGAUUCUUCGCUCAACUGUCCUCCUGCCGCAGAAAAUAAAAAGUUUAUAUUGUGCUCCUUUUUGCUUAAUGCGAAUAAAACAGCCUUUUACCUUUUACUAACCGUGUGGAGGCUGAAUAACACCAGAUUUCUUCAUAACAAACUGGUUUUUGUAUUAUCUGCCUACUCAGCUCUUUGACUUUUUUCAACUUUUUGUGGUAGAAAUAAAACUCUUUCCUCCCCC